AGACACAGAGAGAAAGAGAGAGAGAGAGAUGGGAGGAGAAGAGAUCACAUCGCCCAAUGCUUUACCAAUGAAAGGUGGAGAUGGCCCUUACAGCUACACUAAGAACUCCUACUGUCAGAGAGAUGCUCUGGACAAUAUAAAAGAAAUGAUCAAUGAAGCAAUUGCAGAGAAUCUUGACAUCAAACAUCUCUCUCCUAUUACAAAUACAUUUCGAAUUGCAGAUUUGGGCUGUUCAGUUGGACCCAAUACCUUUACUUCAAUGCAUGACAUAAUGGAAGCAACAGAGCUAAAGUAUCAAUCUCAAGGCUUGAUUUCAAAAAUUCCUGAAUUCCAAGUUUUCUUCAAUGACCAUACAGCCAAUGAUUUCAACACUCUCUUCACUUCUUUCCCUCCAGACAAACAAUACUUCGCCGCCGGUGUACCGGGAUCUUUCUACAUUCGUUUAUUUCCUAAGGCAUCUCUCCAUUUUGUGCACUCUUCUUUUGCUCUCCAUUAUCUCUCUAAACUACCAAAAGAGAUUACAGACAUUAACUCUCCUGCAUGGAAUAAAGGGAAAAUCAGUUACCCAAGCUCCUCAAAGGAAGUGGUGGAGGCUUAUGCUUCUCAAUUUGCCAUUGAUUUUGAAUCCUUCUUGAAUGCUAGAGCAGAAGAACUUGUGUGUGGAGGUUUGAUGGUUCUUAUCAUGACAGGUAUUCCAGAUGGGUCAUCUCGUUUCCAAGCCGUUAAUGCAACCCUUGAUAUUCUAGGGUAUUGCCUCAUGGAUAUGGCUAAGAUGGGAUUAGUGAGUGAAGCUAAGGUGGAUUCCUUCAAUUUCCCUGUCUAUAGCCCAUUUUGCCAGGAGGUUAAGGAGUUGCUUGGGAGAAACAGAUGUUUCAACAUUGAAAGAUUUGAGCUGGUGACAAGAACAAGAGAUGUUGCAGUGACUAAUGCACCAGCAGUAACGAAGCAUACAAGAGCUAUUACAGAGGAAAUGAUCAAGCAACACUUUGGAAGUGAAAUCAUAGAUGAACUGUAUGAUCGGGUCUUUCAUAAAUUAGAAGAGUUUCCUCAGUUCUUAGAUGCUAUCUUCAAGAGAUCAACUCAAUUAUUUGUGGUUCUCAAACGCCAAUCAAUAAUGGAUUGAU